AUGUUUAUCUCGAGACACGGAUAUCUCGAGCUUGGUGGUUCGGUCCCUUCAACAUCGAGAUACCGAAUGCAGAGACACUUCAGCAACCAACCAGAGCGAUCUGACUCAUACGCGUCAAAACGGAAACUAGGUUUCGGUAUAAAACGCGGACUGGCUGACGUGUCUCGCCAUCAGAUCGACGCCGCUGUGUCAGUAGACUGGUUGACGACGUUAAUCAAACAGGCAAGGACAAUGAAGGUCAUCAUAUUCGUUCUACUAGUUGCUGUCUUCCUACAGACGUGCUACGCUGCCUCAUCUUCUACCGCCUCUAUACCUAGUACAACAAAGGCAGGGAGCACGACCAAGGCAAUGGGCACGACCAAGGCAGGGGGCACGACCAAGGCAGGGGGCACGACCACACCAGCUGGUGCAGAGGACCUGACGUCACAGACCGUGAUGACGCUGAUUAUAGGAGCUGCUAUUUCGGCUGUUGUGUUUUCGCACUGAUCCUUUCUUCGUGAAGUGUGGAGAUUUAUGAAGUCCAGAUUGACGUCAAUGAAAUACCGCAUUCCUUGGGGCUAUGAUUUGAUGACUCUGGACUGAUUCUCUCUUUAGGGCGGUUCUACAAAUGGAUACCAGUAGGGGAGAGGGUGCGAACUAUGUUAUAAAUCAGCAAUAAUAAUUUGCAGUCAUCCAUGGAAUAUAUUCAUAUCUGACAAAGUUCGGAUGAGAGUACGGCUAACUGCAACAGGCACAACAUGUAUGCUGCAAAUCGUAAUAUCGCAAAGGAAUUUAAUAAAACAAAACACCCGAAAAACACCACAAACCCAAACAGAUAAUAAGAUAGAAAUAACAUAAUAAAUAGCAUAUAUUCGUUACGAAAUGAAAUAUAUUUGCACUCUCUAAUUAACAAACGAGAGAAAUAAAAUAAGGAAGUAAUAUGACAUAUAUGCGUGUUCACACCAUACAUACAUCUGUAUCCAUCGUUCACAAAGACAGAUGAUGUGCUUGCCAAAAACCUCUUCCCCAAAUGUUUUCAUUUAUAUGAUUCGUCCUUAGUCUUUACACAUUUUACUUCAUCUUUAUAAAUACACCAACCUUAAUGCUUUUUAAAACUGUAGCUUACUUCUAAAAUGAAACUGUAUUCAGUGUCGGAACCAGAAUGUGUGUGUGUUAUCUCCACUGUUUCAGUGAUGAACAAAACUCUACAGUCAGUGGCGGAACCAGAAUGGGUGUGUGUUAUCUCCCCUGUGUCAGUGAUGAAAACGUAGUAUUCGUGGUAUUUCGUUACAAAUUCAAUAUGUAAAACGUAUUAUGCGUAUAGUUUAUCACGGUUGGGUUUUAUUUUAUAUACUUAUCUUUGAACUUUAGAGACACUAAAAAUGUUCGAAAUAAAUGUUUUUCAAAACGACUUCGAGUUUGUCAUCCAUGUUGGGCUCUGAGUAUAUAUGUCAUUUACAAGAAGAGGAAGCCAGAUCUGGUACACUAAACAUUCGCAUGCCAUGGCAUCAUAAAUACUGUAACAACUAACACUGAAAAUAAAGUAUUUAAAUGUA